AUGGAUAACCGCAAACUAAGCAUGUGCGAAAAGGUGAAGACGCGGAAGUACACUCGUUUGAACCGAGUAAGCACGAAGGCGCUGAUGAAGAGCAUGUUCGGACUGGAAAGCGUCGUCCAAGGACGAAUCAAGUUGCUGCUGCGUGGCAAGAAAGUCGGCUUUGCCAUAGAUGCAUGGACUGAGGAAGGCAUGCAUUUCGUGGCAGUCAUCGGUGUAACUGGGGCCGACAAGUAUCUGUUGUGCUUUUCGACUCUGACGGGCGAGUCGGACAUGGGGUCAGACGUGAUUAUCGAGUUGCUUGACGACGUGUUAGACACGUACGAAAUUCAUGCCUCUCAGCUCUGCUUCUACGUGAUCGAUCACGCGUCCGUAAAUGUAGCAAUUGCAAACAAGACACUGGUUCCAAUGAUAGGGCGUGCUAGCCACCGAUUCAACUUGGCCGUCCAAGCCCUCAUGCGCGAGGACGACGAUAUAUUGGAUAAAGUCCAUGCGCUCAUGGUCAAGUUGAACACGAUCAAGAACCGGCAUCAUCUCCGCGAGGCAGACGCCCUCAUGCCUGUCUACCAGCAAAAGCGACAAAGCAGCUCGCGCAACUGGCGAUCGAUCCUCCAUCCUUCGGUGUUACUAGCCGUAUGUGGAGUUGUUGGACGCUGCGUCAUCGCGCCGUUGGUGGUGCUCGUUGUUUGUAUCACUACCGGCUACUUCACCAGCGCCACAUUCUUCAUUGACGCCAAACACAGCUACUUCGCCUACAGCCAAUUGGAUCCAAUCAUGCGAGGUGGUUGCCACGAUUGCCUCUCUUCUUGUCGAAAGGUGUUCAUCCAGCUCAGCGUUUUCGGAAGUGACGCUAUAAUCAGUAUGCCGGUUUACGAGAACUCUCAAGUAGUGGCAAACGCUGAUGCAGCGGCCGGAGACUAUAGCAAGUUAACCCCCGAAGAAAUAGCGCUCGCAGAUAAGCUGGAUAAUGAUGGAGCCGUCUGUUCUGUCGCUAUUGGGGCUGUGAACGACUGGGGGACUCCAAACGUUGCGAUUGGUAGCACUGCUGAAGGGAUAUUAAGCGUAGUUAACACGCUGAAUUUGUCAUUAGCACCACAGAUGAAACGUGAACUGGAGGUGGCUGUUGAUCAAAAGGAGCAGUGUGAAUCGCGUUGGAAUCUCGGUGUGGUGUUACGUCUCCACAGAUUCCAGACGGUCAAAAACAGUGCAGAUUAUUCCUCCAUCUCAGUUGCCGACUUCAACACGUAUCCGGAUUAUGCUGACUGUCGUCCAGAUAUUCCGAACCAGGGGGUUGUAGGCAUGAAACUAGCCUUUGCAACUAACGGAGAAGACCUCCUAUCAGUGGUUCCAGAUCGACUUAAGCAGUUUCCGUACGAGAUCGAGAGCAGUAGUCUACCUACAAUUUCGCGAUACAUUAAGACGGUACCAACAAUUCACGGAUUGACGACGGUCACGCAGCCUCUACUGCGAUCAUAUUUCUCCGGUUGUCGAGUUCGUGUCGUGAAUACUACUGCAGUGUACGUCGAGGAAGGGUGCACGCUAAUAGAUCACUGGCGUUCGUAUGGAUUGACGUUACAGUCUCCCGAUGAUUUGCCAGUAUGUUCAACUGGCGACGUGUGUGUUCACAAUAUGUACAACACAGUAUGGGAGUACACGAACUCCCUCAGUUCGGCCGAUCCAACGCGCGUCAUUCAGAUUAUCAGUGUAUUUCGCAGUCGAUACGCAGACAGCGUAGCCCUGAGUAUGUUACCAGGUGCUAUUGUGGCUCAAAUCCUACUCAUGGGUAUCAUCAGCCUUUACCAGGUAAUGUCAUCCAAGCGCUCCGUGUUGCUAACUCAAAUUUGGGCGUACCGAUGCCAGAAUGGACGUAUGCAGAUUGCGUAUCUUGCUCAAGUCAUGUAUCACUUCGCGUUCAAUUCUGAUAUGUACUAUCUCGGACUUUCCACCGGAACCUUAUCUUCCGCCUCCAUCAUGAAUCUCGCGCUAAGCUUUUAUGCUUUUUCUUAUUCAUUCAUCAACGUGAUCAAGGCUCGAACUGGAGAACAAGAACUCGAUCGCGGUUUUCGAUUGCUAUGGGAAGUAGUAAUUCUCACAGCUACUGGGUGCGUCACUGGCGUGCUAUUAUCCUUAAGAUACACCUCGUUAUCAUUUAUUGGUGAUCUUAAUGGCGAAUUGUUGCGACGAACAUCAACACUUGGAGCCAAAUACUGUGGUUUGAAGGAUUCGUGCUACGUUUUUAUCGUGAACUUGGGGUUCGUCAUCACCGCAGCUGCUCUAGCUUUGGGGUUUCUUACGAACUGUAUCGCGUUAAUGAUAAAACAUUGUCAAAGGAGUCGAGGAGCGAGUAAAUACCGUGUCAACAGUGCCGUGAGUGCAGGAGAUGGGGUAAAGUCACCACAAAUGACGACAUUUGAGGAGAAUUGUCUCGGUGCACCGUUCUCGAGGCUCUUUAAGGACUGCAACGACUUUGCCUACGUCACUUACAUGAAUAAACGAUGCUCGAGUGUCGAAACCAUACUACUCACUGGUUAUUUGUUUUACGGCGAGCAUGUGUACCAAGCGACUUCUGUUGUGUUACUGCUCGUGGCUCGGUUGGUACCGCGUAAAUUCCUCCGAACAUUCAAUCAACUUUUACUUCGCUGGCAUUACGACCCAGAACAGGGAACACUGACUUAUGCCACGUCAUGCACGUGGUAUUCGGCCAGUGCGGAAAACUAUAAACUCUCGGAAGCAAUGCCGCUAGCGUAA